UCAGGUUUCACUUGAGAGUCUGCUGAGAGACGGACAGAAGCCAGACUUCCUUCAAACAUCAGUCACUGUCACAGAAAUAAAAAUGUCGAGGAAGUGAUAUCAUUUUCUAAAUGACUUAAGAUCGGCAACAAACCGCCGAGGUACAAACAUUUACUGCUCCUGUCCGCAGCGUCAGACACAGGAGCUACAUCACGUGAAGGAGUUUCGUCAUGUAAUUUAUUAACAAGCCGAUUAAAGUAACAAAGCAUUAACAUUAAUACAAGUUCUGUAGUUAGACUCCAGUAGGUUUGUGACAUGUCAAUAAGCAAGGCAACAAAAAGUGACAGAUUUUAAAAGGAGUCUGGCAACAGAAAUGUGCCGACUCAGCAUAAAGUAUUGAGCGAGAGAUAAACUGACCUGGUUGAGUUCAAAGUGUGCAAGCUGUCAAAAUACUGCCACGUCAUCCAGAGCAUACAUGUGCGGUUACAACACGUAGCACUGUUACUGUUACACGUGAGGCUACAGCAUUAGCACUGUUACAUGUGACAUGUGAGGCUACAGCAGUAGCACUGUUACAUGUGACAUGUGAGGCUACAGCAGUAGCACUGUUACAUGUGACAUGUGAGGCUACAGCAUUAGCACCGUUACCGUUACUGUUCGUGUUAUUUCUACAGAAUGACUAAUUGGAUUUCUGCUAGGUGAUUACAGACAGAUGAUGUCAUCAGUGAAGGUAGAGAGUGUGCUGAGGGCAAGUGCUCUAAUUGGUGAAGGGCCAGUGUGGGAGGAGUCAGCGCAGACACUGCUGUUUGUCGACAUCGUGGGGCAGAAAAUCCACCGGUGGAGUCCAAACACCAAUCAGAUCCAGUCUGUGGAGACAGGUGACACAGUGGGCUUUGCAGUUCCUCGCAGGUCAGGUGGUUAUGUUGCAGGUGUAGGUAGAAGCAUUGUGGCUGUUGAUUGGUCGACUCAGACGAUGUCUUCAUUGGCGGAAGUUGAUGAGGACAAACCUACCAACCGCCUGAAUGACGGGAAGGUCGAUCCUUUUGGUCGCCUGCUGGCAGGUACAAUGGAGGUGAGACCUGCUGAGGUUCAGAGACAACAAGGAUCUCUGUUCUCUGUGACCUCCGACCUCACCGUGACUAAACACCUGGACAAGGUGGACAUAUCUAACGGGAUGGACUGGUCUCUGGAUCAGAGGACAUUUUACUACAUUGACAGUUUGUCUCUGACUGUUGACGCCUUCGACUAUGACUCACACACAGGACAGAUCGGCAACCGUCGUGUUGUGUACCAUAUGGAGGAAGGGGAGGGGCUUCCAGACGGAAUGACACUUGAUGUUAAAGGUCAUCUCUGGGUGGCGUGUUUCAAUGGAGGACGAGUCAUCAACAUCGACCCUGCUACUGGUGUGCGGCUGCAGACGGUCCCUCUGCCGGUGAUGAAGACGACCUCGUGUUGUUUCGGCGGUCCGGAUUACUCUGACCUCUAUGUGACCUCAGCCAGUCUAGGCCUCAGCCAAUCAGAAAGGAGACUGCAGCCUCUGGCCGGAGACAUCUUCAGGGUGACUGGGCUUGGUGUCAAAGGUUGUGCUUCAAACUCGUUCUCUGGAUGAUCUUCAGGAGACUCAAACAGCCAACACAGCACAGAUCGCCUCACUGUCACAAACUGUCCAAUACAGUUAUUGAACUGGAUCAAUAAUAUUAUUAAUAAGUGUUUCAUAUCAACAUUUGUAUUUCAUAACUAAAAAUAAAAACAAUUCUGAGUA